AUGGAGCUGGUUGGAAGCGGUUUCACAAUCUACAAAACCAUCGAUGUCUCCGGAAACAGACUCGAAGGAAACAUCCCCGAAUCCAUCGGUUUACUCAAGGAACUAAUUGUGCUCAACAUGUCCAACAACGCUUUCACAGGCCGCAUUCCACCAUCUCUAUCAAACUUGACGAAUCUCCAAUCAUUGGAUCUUUCUCAAAACGGAUUAUCCGGUCAAAUCCCACCAGACCUCGCGAAACUCACGUUUUUAGCGUGGAUGAACUUCUCGUACAACCACCUCGAAGGUCCAAUACCACAAGGCACUCAGAUUCAAAGCCAGAAUAGCUCGUCAUUCGCAGAGAAUCCCGGACUCUGCGGUGUUCCUCUCCAAGAAACAUGCGGCGGAAAAGAAAAAGAAGCAACAAAGCAAGAGGAAGAGCAAGUGUUGAGCUGGAUUGCAGCUGCAAUUGGCUAUGUACCUGGUGUGUUCUGUGGACUCACCAUUGGUCACAUUCUGUUUUCAUAUAAACGUGACUGGUUCAUGAACAUCUUUCACUCUUCUACUUAA